UCUCAUAUCUUCGAAGUCAUCAUUACGCCGGUGGUACCCAAUGCAUUAUUUCUCUUUCCCUCCCUAGUUAGGAGAUCUUUCUGCUACUCUCUUUGCCUUUGCUCUAGCUUCAGCUACUACCUACUACAUAGAAAUCCAACUUGUUCUCUCUUGUUCAUAAGCUUAUAACUGGCCACACAAGCAAAGAGAUUAACUACUAGGACAAACACCAUGAAAGGAAUUGACUUGUUCUGUUCUUCCUCUGCUUCCACAGCAGUAAAUUCUAGCAUGCACCAUCGUUCUAUGGUACAUCGAAGCACCAAAAGCUUCGACCAUGAUCGAAGGAAAAGCCAACUUCAUGUUCCUUGUUCAUCCCAAUUGCCCAUCAAUCCUAAGCCUUAUAAUUACUUUGAGAAGCACAGAAAGAGUUCAGCUUCAGCUGAUAAACAAAACUGUGACGUGCGUAGAAAAAGUUCUGCUGAUGUUAACGACCUUUAUACUCAUGCUGGUGCUGAUGGUUCAUCUAGAAGAUAUCUCCUUGGUGAUGCGCCAUUCAUUGAAUGGGUAUCUGAGUCUAAUAAAAUCUCAGCAAUGGUUCCUUCUCAACAUGAUGUCAAAGACAAGCUUGUGGUUAUGAAAAGAAACGAUCCUCCCACUCUUCGGUCCUCUUCUUCAGCUCGAUCCAAGGACAAGGUUGUGGUUUUGAGGGUGUCAUUGCACUGCAAGGCCUGCGAAGGAAAAGUUAGAAAGCAUAUUUCAAAAAUGGAAGGAGUGACAUCAUUCAGCAUAGACAUGGAAUCAAAGAAAGUGAUCAUCAUUGGAGACGUGACACCAUUAGGGGUACUGGCGAGUGUAUCCAAGGUGAAGAGUGCACAGCUAUGGCCAUCUUCUACAUCGUCAUCCUCAUUAUUACUUUCAUCAUCUUCUAGGCCAACAUCUCCAUGGUCGACAUAAUCACUUAUAAUUAACAUAAAUAAUAUAUAUAUAUAUAUUUAUUAAUUUCACUCCUGCUUUUUUUUUUCCUGUCUUCACCUCUCUUCUAGACUUUAAUUUGAUAAACCUUGGAGGUGUGCGUGUUUGUGUAUGAUUAGAAAUUUGAUGACUUGUGAAGCACUCAAGCUUAAUAAUGUGUGUCGUGUAAAUGAACAAUGUUUUCAGUCAGAUGGGUGUAAUUUCCUUUCCUUUGUUGUCUACUGAUUCUGCUCACUGAAGUAGUAGAACUUACAAUUCUAUAUUGGUACGGUUCCACUUCCAA